AUGACGUGUGAUGCGUUCAAGGACGAGAAGACAGUGGGAAAACACACAUACUACCGCGACAUGCGCCGCUCUCUGGACACGUCAAAAUUCAACAAGACAUUGGCAAAGAAUGGUGACUCCCUGAACCAACCAGUUGCCCUCCUCAUGGACCUGUUUGAGAUCCGCGGGGGGCAACUGGACGUGAUCGAAGAGGAGCAGGAGUUCAGUCUCAUGGAGCAUUCCGGAGCCCAGCGCGUCUCCGUGGAAACCAACGAGUCGCUGCGGUUUGAAGCCUGCGACUCGCCGUCUCCCGCCGUGACGGAGGACAGCCCCGACGACGUGUUCAGCGACACUGAGAAUGAAAGCGACGUGAUCCGUAACAAGCUCCAGGAGAAAGUUUCUGAGAUGGAAAACUUUGCUGGACAUUUGGAGGAAAUCUUUCUCACAGUGGAGGAGAACUUUGGUCGCCGGGAGCAACACCUGGAGCAACACUACAACGAUGUUCUUCAGACGUUGUCGCAGCGUUGUGACGACCGAGCGGCCGCGCUGCAGGAGGAGAAGAAAUCCAAACUGGAGGCACUGUACAAGCAGCUGCUGGACUGUGGCCGCGCUCUGGACGCCUCCAAGGAGCUCAUCGAGAGUGCACAGGAAGUGCACCGCUGCCACGACAACCGCCUCUUUCUCAAGAUGGUCAUGCCCAUGAUUAAGAGGAUCGAGGAUGUGGCUAAAGACGACAUGGACCUGACUCUGUCCACGACGCUGGAGUUCCAGACGCCGCGCUGCGAUCUGUCAGACGUUAAAACCAUGAUGGACUCCAUCAGCGUCGUCCCAGCUCCUUCGGCUCCGGUCAUAAACCCUCAGGCCCCGAACUCCGCGUCUCAGACGUCUCUCCGUGUUUGUUGGAGCCUGUUUUCAGACGAUACAGUGGAAUAUUACGAGCUGUUCUACCGCCCGGUGCUGGAGGACUGCCCCCCCGCAGACUGCCCCACUCCUCCAGUGAACAAGGUGAAAGUGAAGGAGACUCACUGCACCGUGUCUCAGCUGCUGCCCAACGCUCAGUACGAGCUCUGGGUCACAGCCACCAACAUCACCGGCAUCAGCCCGGCCAGCGAGAAGGCCCUGUACAUGACCGUGCCAUGUCCUCCCGUCCUGGACCAGAGGGGCUACAUGAGCUGCACCGACGCCGCUUUGAUCCGCUGGGAGUCAGGAAACACAAACCCGGUCGACUCCUACACUGUGGAGAUCCAGGAACUGACCAGCGACGGAACACAGAGCGACUUCAAAGAGUCGGUCGUGGCCGUCCCCUCGUGCCAGUGUCUGAUGCAGCUGCAGCCGGGACAGAGCUACGUGGUCUCAGUGAGGGCCGUGAACAUCGGGGGCCCCAGUGAGAAGAGCGAGGGCCUCCAGGUCAGCACAACAGGUACGUACUUCAGCCUCCUGGAGGAGUCCUCUCACCAGUGCCUGUGCUUCUCUGAGGACAUGUUCACCAUCAGCUACGGAUACGAGGAUCCGCCCAUCAGCGCCAUGGCCUUCGACGACAGCGGCUUCACUCGGUGCGUGGCGGUGCUGGGGGACCUGCUCUCCGUCAGGGGCCGUCAUUACUGGGAGGUGCAGGUGGAGGAUGAUACGGAGUACAGAGUGGGCGUGGCCUAUGAAGACACGGACAGAAACUCUUAUCUGGGCGCCAACAACACGUCCUGGUGCAUGAGACACAUCCUCACCCCGACACGACAUAAAUUUGAGUUUCUGCAUAACGGCUGGAGCCCAGACUUGAGGAUCACAGUGAACCCGGUGCAGAUCGGCGUGCUCCUGGAUUACGACCGUGGCACGCUGAGUUUCUACAACGUGGAUCUGAAGCAGCAUCUCCACACGUUCCACUGCGACUUCCGGAGCUUUGUGCAUCCCUGCUUCGGCCUGGACAACCCCGGCGAGCUCUCGGUCCACAACGCCAUCCAGAUGCCAACAUUCACCUGA